AUGGAGCAAGCACAGAAAAAAGUGGAACUGGUGAGUUUUUGAAUAUUUUUCUAAUGAAAACUCGUAUUCUCAGCUGACGCGCAUCGUCAUGGCCCAGCAGCAGUUCCAGGAACAGAUCAUAAAGGUAUUUCUUACCAUCUUUUCUGAUUUUCACACAAUUUCUUCGAGAUUUUCAGGCGCUCAUCGGACAGCCGGUCGGAAUCGUCGGUGGAUCGCCUCUGGCGGCUACUUUCGCUUCUCUCGGAGCCCUGAGUAGUGCUCCAGGCGCACCACGGACUUUAGAAGCCCUGGAAGCCGCUCCGACGGCGCCGAAACCAGAAGAAGCCGUCGUUCCGAGCACGCCCACCAACAAAUCCGCCCCAAGAUCGGCUCCGCCGCCCAGGACCCCGCACAAACGACUCGCACCGCUCACUAACCUACUAACUUGGGGCGACGAAUCAUCGGAUGACGAUUUCUCCGGCCCGCCGCCGCAAAUGGCUCGGACCGACUCGAACGAGUCUUUGAUGACGUCGAUUUCGAUCGAUUCACUGAGUUCGGUGAAUUCUAUCGAAGUCGUUGAAAGACCGUCCAACAAGAAAAGCAGUUCUGAAAAGGUAUAGUCCGUUUUCUCGAAAAGUUCCCUUCAAAAGAAGUUUUUCAGUGCACCCAUUGCCGAAGAGUCUUCCGCAGCACCCGCCUCUUGUCGGCACACGAGGCUCGUUGCGGCGUGGAUCUGUAA